UUAAAGCCUACGUUACAAUCAAUUUAAUUACAUUUUUAAACUCUAAGCUUUUUUUUUUUCAAAAAUAAAAAAGGGGACAUUUAUUAACCACCGGAAACAAAUUUAAACAUGUGAAAACAACCAACGUUUUUGUGGAAAAGUAGUUCAUCUGAGUUCUAGGUGUUGCAGUCCGAGAGAAAUCCAAACUGACAGGAGGAAUUGUGGGAAGCUAGCAUUGUUUACACUGUCACAGAGUCCGCUCCGGGUGUUUGUGCGCGUGCCCCGGAUUUCCCGGGUCUGCCCUCGAGCUCGGGGGAAUGCCUUUGUGCUUCACCGUGAAUCUUCUCCGUUUGGUGUCUCCGGCGGCUGGCGUGUCCGCUUUCAACGGAACCUUUUGUCAGUUUUUCUGCGCUAGCAGGGCAGCUAACCGAGUUGAUGACGAGGAUUGACAGAGCGGAGACGCUGCAAACAUGGACGUGGUGUCACCCGAGUUGAACAGCCUCCUUCCUGAUGAGAUCAUGGACACGGAGGCCAUGGAGGAGGCGCCUCACUCUCAGCCCGACAGCGCCGCGGUCCAGGCGGAGCCCUGCUACGACUCCACAGUUCCCAUGGAAACGGACGUCCCGCAAACUCCCAGCGUCUCCGAAGACGCGGCGCCGACGGGUAACUCCCAAACCCAGCUAACGCCUACGGACUCCACGCUCAGCCCCAGCAGACAUUCCUCCAUCCUCAUUUCCAGCGGCCCGUCGCGCCUGGUCACCCUCAAACCGGGCCUGGCCACCUCCACGGCCCCCACCAAAACCACGGACAGCGUGACCGGGACGAGCAUGUCCACGGGCGGCUUACAGAAGCUCACCGCUCCCUUCACCAUUUCCUCCGUCAACCAUCAGAUCAUCCUCAACAAGGUGGCCUCGUCUCAAGCUGCGGAGGCUGCAAAGUCUGCGGGGCCGCCGCCGCAGGUCAUCAAGCAAGAAGGACAGAAGCUGCUGGUCACGACCAUAGGGAAGUCAGGACAGCCGAUAGUGCUGCAGCUGCCGCAUGCGGCCAGCAAACCCGGCGUGGUCCAGGCCUCAGGAGACGGCAAGGCCCCGGCUCCGCAGUUUAAAGUGGUCACGAUUGCUGGGGGGUCAGAACUGAAGCCAGUGGUGGGGAGUGGAGGCAACCAAGUAACCGCAGUGCAAACCCAGCAGCUCAAGACUAUACAGAUUCCUAAGAAAACCCCGGUCUCCUCUGCGGCUCCCAUCAAGUUCAUCAUCACCAAAACGGUCAACAGCAAAAGUCUGAGUCCUCAGACGUCCGUCACCCCUGUGAUCGCAGCAGGCCGGGUGGUGACGCAGACGCAGUCCCCCGUGAUGCCACCCAGAACCAUCGCUCUGUCCGAGCCUCACAACACUAACCUGCAGAACAUCGCCAGCAAGAAGAUCGCCAUUUCUCCACUCAAGACUCCCAGCAAGGUUACCGUGGUUUCCGUGGCCUCUCCCCCCUCCAACUCCUCGCAGAAGUCCGUCGCGCUGCCCGUUAACGUGGCGCUCGGCCAGCAGAUCCUCGCCGUCCAGCAGUCCUCCGCUGUUUCUCCGGUCAAAGUGGCCACCAGCCAGCCUGCAGCUCAGAACGUCAAACCUGUCCAGUCGGUGACCGUGGGAGGAGUCGGAGGCUCCCAGUUCAAGACCAUCAUCCCGCUGACCACCCAGCAGAACGUGCAGCAGAUUCAGGUUCCAGGAAGCAGGUUUCACUACGUCCGGCUCGUCACGGCGACCACGUCCAGCAGCCCGGGCCAGCCCAGCACCAGCUCCAUGCAGACAGGGAAACCCAUGGUGGGCAGCACAGGAGUCAGGAUGUCGGUCCCUGUCGUUCCAGCUCCAGCCAUGAAACAGGUGGUGCCGAAACCUCUAACGUCAUCGGCACAGGUGGUGGCGACCCCUCAGACGCAGCAGCGCCUCAUCAUGCCCGCCAUCCAGCCCAACCUCACCAACCUGCCGCUGGGCACCGUCCUGGCUCCGGCCCCCGGAGGCGGGAACAUGGGCUACGCCGUCCUCCCCGCUCAGUAUGUCGCCCAGCUCCAGCAGUCUCCGUUCGUGACUCUUGCCAGCAGCUCUGGUUUCCAGGCGUCCAGCGGGAUGCAGACUCAGGCCAAACUGCCCCUUAAUGGUGUUUCAGCAGCUGAAACCACAUCAAGACCAAGGAAACCCUGCAACUGCACAAAGUCUCAGUGUCUCAAACUGUACUGCGACUGCUUUGCAAACGGAGAGUUCUGCAACAUGUGCAACUGCAACAACUGCUUCAACAACCUGGAGCACGAGACGGAGCGCCUCAAAGCCAUCAAGACGUGUCUGGACCGAAAUCCAGAGGCCUUCAAACCCAAAAUCGGUAAAGGGAAGGAGGGCGAGUCCGACCGCCGCCACAGCAAAGGCUGCAACUGCAAGCGGUCGGGCUGCCUGAAGAACUACUGCGAGUGCUACGAGGCAAAGAUCAUGUGCUCAUCCAUAUGCAAAUGCAUCGGGUGCAAAAACUUUGAGGAAAGCCCGGAGAGGAAGACGCUGAUGCACCUGGCGGACGCAGCAGAAGUGAGGGUUCAGCAGCAGACGGCAGCAAAGACCAAGCUGUCCUCGCAGAUCUCAGACCUGCUCAUGAGGACCACUCCGGUCAUUUCCAGCGGAAGCGGGAGGCUUCCGUACACGUUCCUAACGAAGGAGGUGGUGGAGGCGACGUGCGAGUGUCUGCUGGACAAGGCCAGAAGAGCCGAGCAGACGGAUCAGCUGACGAGCGAAGCGGAGCGGCUGAUCCUGGAGGAGUUCGGACACUGCCUUAUGAACAUCAUCACCUCUGCGGGGAAGGCCAAAGCCGACAGUGCCUCCAUCAACUGCUGAGUUGAGCUGUCGCCAAGUUUCCCCGGUCGCGCCUCGGUCGCCGCGCCUCCGACGCCCGUCCCUUCCCGCGGGAGGAACGGGGCCGUCUCCUCCGAGGCAGAGGGAGGAGCCUAAAAAGGCGGAUUUCUCCCAGCGGCAGCUGGAGCGAGCGGCUCAGCUCGGACUGAUGAGCGGACUCUGGGUCCCACUCGUUCAUCGGACUGUGAUGCACAGAAACGACGAGUUGGAGUCCAACAGGAACUUCUCUGCCCUUCAGAACCUCCUCCUCUUCUGUUUCCACCUGACUGCUGCUCUUAUUUUGAGGUUUUCCAAGAACGCCUCUCAUUUUGCUAUCGGUAUAUUUGUGCUUACGGUAGACGAGCAGAACUUUUAUCUUUUGAUAUUUAUUUUGUCAAAUAUUUGUUAUCAGAGUGCUAAUAUUGUGUGGCUCAUAGGUCCACAAACUAUUAACUAAAGUUAGGCAGCAUUGUUUUUUUCCUAUGAAAGUAAUUAGAUUUUGUUGGUUUUAUACUAAAUAAAAUUGUGAGACCUGACGGACGGAGGAUCAGCUGCAACAUGAGUGGACUGAUGGAGGAUUAUGUUUCGACUGAAUACUUUAGACAUUAAACCCAGCAUGAAUUUGAUAGAUUGAUGCGGAUUACUCGUUAGGGGGACGUCACAACAGCUCAUUCAUUCAGACCCAGCCUCGGUUUGACCGCCAUUUAAAAGGAGAAAUACUCAGAAAUGCAAAAAUGAAAUGUUUUUAUUAAAUUAUAUUUGUUCUCUUCUAUAAGAAAAAUGCCACAGGUACAUGACAAAAACCCAAAAAAACCUGAUUUUCAUCUGACUUUAAAGUGAAGGUCCCGAAUGAAUGAGGGUAAAAAUAAAAACGAGAAUAAAAUUGGAGGACCUUU